UAGCUUAACCCACACGGCCUGUCCUUUCCCACCGAGCCUGUAGUCUCUACACGCUGCUCCACUCCGCUCUGCUCCACUCUGCUCUGCUCCACUCUCACCACGGGCUAAUAGGAGACAUCUUGUUCCAUUGGUUAACACAGGGACAUUACCACCACAUUCCAGAGGAAGGAGAAGAACUGAAAUUAAAUAUAUUUUUCACUUUUCGGAUUUUCCAUUGAAGUGAACUACACGGCUGUGGUUUGUGAUUGGUUUUUGUAGUAUUCAGAAAGGAAGAAGAAACAGGCCAUUUCAGAACUAAUGAGCGUCUCCCAGUCCCGUCGAUGGCGUGGCGAGCCCUGUCCUUGUUCCAGCCAGGGUAGGAGGGUGGUGUGUCCUCCUCUAGCGUCUGUCUCCCCCCACCAUGCUGAAAAAGAGUCCUCCGAACCAUGAGUCCUGUGGGCCAGGUUUCUCUGCAGCCCACCUGGAACGCAGCCCUGCUCACCCUGCUAGCCCUCACCAUGGUGCCAGCUCUCAGUUUGUACCAGCCUGUCGGCCUGGGUGCUCCCUCUAACCCCCAGAACUGCCCGGCGGUGUGCUCCUGCACCAACCAGCUUGCUAAGGUGGUGUGUACGCGCCGUGGCCUGGUCAGGGUGCCCCCCGGGAUCCCCACCAACACCAGGUACCUCAACCUGAUGGAGAACAGCAUCGAGACCAUCCAAGCUGACACCUUCAGACACCUACACCAUCUUGAGGUGCUGCAGCUGGGCAGGAACGCCAUCAGGCAGAUUGAGGUGGGGGCCUUCAAUGGCCUGACCAGCCUCAACACCCUGGAGCUGUUUGACAACAGACUGACGGGGAUCCCCAGCGGGGCCUUUGAGUACCUGUCCAAGCUGAGGGAGCUGUGGCUGAGGAACAACCCCAUCGAGAGCAUCCCGUCCUAUGCUUUCAACAGGGUGCCCUCUCUGAUGAGGCUGGACCUGGGCGAGCUCAGGAGGCUGGAUUACAUCUCUGACGGGGCAUUUGAGGGCCUGCAGAACCUCAAGUACCUGAAUCUGGGGAUGUGUAACCUUAUGGAGAUGCCUGUCCUGUCACCCCUGACAGGCCUGGAGGAGCUGGAGAUGUCUGAGAACACUUUCCCUGAGAUGAAGCCUGGCUCGUUCCGCGGCCUGUGCUCCCUACAGAAACUCUGGAUUAUGAACUCUGGGAUCACCGUGAUUGAGAGGAACGCUUUCGAUGACAUUACGGCGCUGGUGGAGCUGAAUCUAGCCCAUAAUAACCUGUCGUCUCUCCCCCAUGACCUCUUUGCCCCGCUGCAGUACCUGGUGGAACUUCAUCUCCACCACAACCCCUGGAGGUGUGACUGUGAUGUGGUCUGGCUGUCCUGGUGGCUCAGGGAGUACAUCCCCACUAACUCCACCUGCUGCGGCCGCUGCCACUCCCCUGCCCACAUGAGAGGACGAUACCUGGUGGAGGUGGACCAGACCACAUUCCAGUGCUCUGCUCCCUUCAUCCUGGAUGCUCCCAGGGACCUCAACAUCUCUGCAGAGAGAGUGGCUGAACUCAAGUGUCGUACAGCCUCCAUGUCAUCGGUCCGAUGGCUGCUUCCUAAUGGGACCGUUCUGACCCAUGGCUCGGCUCACCCUCGGAUUUCUGUCCUUAACGACGGAACACUCAACUUCUCCAACGUCCUGCCAUCGGACACAGGCGUCUACACCUGCAUGGUGACUAACAUGGCGGGUAACUCCAAUGCCUCAGCGUACCUGAAUGUCAGCAACGCCGAACUCAACACCUCCAACCUUUCCUAUUUCACUACACUGACUGUGGAGGUGCUGGAGCCCACCGUAGAGGAGAUCCCCAAACCCAAACCCACCAUCCCAGCCUCGCCCUCCGUGUUCCAGCCCGUCUUCAUCUCCACACCCACUGUGUUGCUCCAGAACACCCAGACCCCCCGCCAGAUAUCUCUCCCCACGGCCCGUGUCCCCAUCCACCCUCCCCCCAGCCUGGAUGAGGUCAUGAAGACAACCAAAAUCAUCAUUGGCUGCUUCGUUGCGGUGACACUCCUGGCCGCUGCCAUGUUGAUUGCCUUCUACAAGCUGCGUAAGCGGCACCAGCAGCGGAGCACGGUGGCAGCGGCGCGGACCAUCGAGAUCAUCCAGAUGGACGAGGAACUUCCCCAGGUUCCAUCGGCCAGAUCAGGUUCUAGCGGGUCUGAGGAGACUGGGCUGGCUCUGCCCAUGUUACUGGAACACAACAGCACCGUCUUCAAUAAGGAAUACAUCUCUUCGUCCUCAUCGUCCUCCCACAGAGACAGAGACAGACAUAGAGACAGGGACAGAGCUGCCUACGGGGCUCACUGGACCCAUAACAACCUGGGAAACUCCCUGCAUCGCUCCUCCAGCCGCCAGUAUUAUCAGCAGCACCACAGCCUCAUCAGCACCAUCGCAGAGCCGUACGUCAUUAAGCCAACUCACACCAAGGAGAAGGUCCAAGAGACCCAGAUCUAGGGGACUCAUGCUGGCCUUACUGUGGAUCUAGCUGUGUGGAUCUAACUCAGUGGAUUUCUAUAUGUAUCUGACUUUACCCCUUCCUCUCCUCCUUUUCUCUCUGCUCACCAGUCCAUGCAAUAGAAUGCACAAAGAAGACAGUAACUUUAUUUUGUACAGAGUGCAAAAUAGAGACAGUUUUAUCUCUCUUGUACAUGCUUAUACAUAAAUAUAGAAAUAUAAAAAAUAUAAAAUAAAUAUACUAUGAGGACGGUGGUGGAAGAUUAUAUUUAAAAAAAAUAAAGUACAAUUUAAACUAUUUUCUAAUAACUUGUAACUUCUAUUUAAAAAUGAGAGAUGUUGAGAUGUAGUGGGGGUAGCCUAUAUGAUGAUUGAUUGAGGGAGCUGUCUUGAGGAAGACUGUUCUGUUUGUUAUUUUGACCAUUUAGAAUGCAGUAAAACCCCUUGAUACCCACAGCACUUUAUAGAACAACAAGCCCUAACAUCAGAUCAGUCUCCACAGGUUAAGCUUGUUAAAGCACCAAUUCGUACUGUGCCAAACGUUGCAAUAAAAGACUGGAAGAUUAAGAAAACCAACAGCCACAACCAAGCAAAAUCUAGACAGAGAGUCAUUUGUCGAGGGAGAGCUGUGGAGAGAAGAGUGUAGAUUUUGCUGUUCAGUCGCUAUCAGCCAAAUGUUUUCAGACUGCAGUGGAUUUCUAAGGUUUAACCCUUUGUUUACCGGAGCGAAGCUACACGUCUUUCUAAAAGCAUCUCUUUUUUAUGUUACUGAAUCUAAACCUAUUUAGUAUGAUUGCAUUUGAUUUAUCCCAGGUCCCCUUGGCUAAGAUGAAGGACAGGCUAUUUUGAAUGGUGAUUUGGUGUGAUUACUUCAUGCAGAUUUCAGUUGCAUAAUGCAUUAUGUUUUAUAUUUAUUUUCCUUUCCUUGGGUUGCGACAUGCUUCUUAAAUAGCAUUUGUAGUGUUUUGGGUUAAUGUAGUGAUGCAUUAAAGCAGUUAUUUGCCUGCUCUCUCUAAGAGCUCUUCUAUUAGUAAUCCCUCACAGAUACCGACAUGUGGUGCAGAACGACUUUGCUGACCGAUCUGCUUUUGAAAGAAAAAAAGGAGUGGUGUUGAAAUGAAAUGAAUGUCUGGACAUUGGGCUUGUUUCUCUGUGGACGUAAUUGAAACAGUGAAAUCGUUUUUUUUAUUUUCCUUAUUGUAGGUAUUAUUUCGAGCAUUAUGGGGAGGCUAUAAGGAGGCAAAAAUAAAUAAAACCUUUGGUUUGUAUUUCUCUACUCAGACA